ACAGCCUGUGAUUCCAUGAUUCUACAGCUUGAUCCCAUCCCCUUUGCUAGGAGCAAGUGCAAAGGCUGGCAGCUGUUUUAAAUCCAGAUGCCCUUCAAUCCCUCCCUGCCCGUUUCAGCGGUGCAGCCCUGCCCGAGCAGCAGCUCCGAGCGGGCUCCAGCUGUGCUGGAUGCAGAGCUCUGCCUUCCUCCUUCAGCUGGAAAUGCCGAUCCUCGCAGGCGCCGGGCGGAGCGCGGGCCCUGAGCGCCGGCGGAGCGGGUUUCCAGCAGCAUCCUCGGCGCGGCUCGGCAAGGGAGGGCUCUGGAGGCAGGAGCGCUGCUGACGUGCUGCCGGAGCUGCAGUGGCUCCGCAAUGGCUGAGGCUGCCGGCACUGGGCUCAGCCCGCCGCCCCGCAGCGCCCGGACCCCGCAGCCUGCCGGGGAAACCUGUCCUUAGCUCCGCCGCCUGCUCGGAUCCGCGCUCGGGGGUACGUGGGACCAUCUUCCCAGCUGAGACCACGCUGGAGGGCUCGCACCUGAUCCCAUGAGAGUUGGUCCUGCCAGCCCUUGCCCUCGCCCCGCGGAUGUUGGUGGGACAGGAAUGGUGUUAAUCCCUGGCACUGCCGCCCCCGCUGCCCUGACCUGUUAAGCCCCAUCCCCGUGCCUGGACAGGGGACGGUGCCUCCGCUGUGGUUUGACCUCGAGUCAUGAGGGACAGACCGAGGCACUGAAGGUCAUCGGCCAAGAACAUUGCUGCCCACGUUAACAGGAUUAGUAUUAAAAAGGCCGCAGAAGAUGUAGAGCGCGGCGGGCACGGAGCAGCCGGAGCGAGCGGGGCCGGGCUGGGGCCCUCCCUGCCGCGGCCUCACCAUGGCCAAGAGGGGCUCCAGCAGCCGCGCCAGGGGGGACAAGCCCGACGCCUUGGCCGCCCUGCAGGCUGCCAAUGAGGAGCUCAGGGCCAAGCUCACCGACAUCCAGAUCGAGCUGCAGCAGGAGAAGAGUAAGGUCAGCAAGUUGGAAAGGGAGAAGAAUCAGGAAGUGAAGCAGAUCAAGGAGCACGAACAGCAUAAAAGUACAGUGGUGGUCACAGAGCUCAAAGUCAAACUUCAUGAAGACAAAAUGAAAGAGCUCCAAGCUGUUCGAGAAACACUUCUGAGACAGCACGAAGCUGAACUACUCAGAGUAAUUAAAAUUAAAGAUAAUGAAAUCCAGAGACUACAGACCCUGCUCAACGCCGUGCGCGACGGGGCCCCGGACAAGGUGAAAACGGUGCUGCUCACCGAGGCCAAGGAGGAGGCCAAGAAGGGCUUUGAGGUGGAGAAAAUCAAAAUGCAGCAAGAAAUUUCCGAGCUGAAGGGGGCUAAGAAACAAGUGGAGGAGGCUCUCACUAUGGUCAUCCAAGCUGACAAAAUCAAAGCAGCAGAGAUAAGGAGUGUGUAUCACCUGCACCAGGAGGAGAUCACCAGGAUCAAGAGGGAGUGCGAGAGGGAAAUUCGCAGACUGAUGGAGGAGAUUAAGUUUAAGGACAGAGCAGUCUUCGUGCUGGAGAGAGAGUUAGGGGUGCGAGCCGGGCAUGCUCAGAGACUGCAGCUCCAAAAAGAGGCUUUAGAUGAACAACUGUCCCAGCUCAAAGAGUCUGACCGGCAUCUGAGCAGCCCCAAGCGGGAACUUCCUUAUGCAAGUGGUGCAGGAGACGCUUCAGAUCAUUCGGGAAGCCCCGAACAGCAGUUGGAUGAAAAGGAUGCCCGGCGCUUCCAGCUGAAAAUCGCAGAGCUGAGCGGCAUCAUCCGGAAGCUGGAGGACCGGAACGCGCUGCUGUCGGAGGAGAGGAACGAGCUGUUGAAACGUCUCAGAGAAGCAGAAAGUCAGUAUAAGCCCAUUUUGGACAAAAACAAACGCCUCAGUAGGAAGAAUGAGGAGUUGUCACAUGCCUUACGUCGAAUGGAAAAUAAAUUGAAAUUUGUGACACAGGAAAAUAUCGCGAUGAGGCAAAGAACUGGAGCAAUAAGGAGACCAAGCUCCUUAAAUGACCUUGACCACAGCCAGGAAGAAAGAGAAGUGGAUUUCCUGAGACUACAAGUUAUUGAGCAGCAAAACAUCAUUGAUGAGCUCUCCAAGACCCUGGAGACAGCUGGCUAUGUGAAGAGUGUCAUGGAACGUGAUAAGCUGCUAAGGUUCAGGAAGCAAAGGAAAAAAAUGACAAGAAUUCCUAAGAAGCCGGUGGUGGAGACGUUCUACGGCUACGACGAGGAGGCUUCCCUGGAGUCCGAUGGCUCCUCCAUCUCCUACCAAACUGACCGCACUGACCAGACCCCCUGCACUCCUGAAGACGACCUGGAAGAGGGCAUGGCCAAGGAGGAGACGGAGCUGCGUUUUCGGCAGCUGACGAUGGAGUACCAGGCCCUGCAGCGUGCCUACGCCCUGCUGCAGGAGCAGGUCGGGGGCACCUUGGAUGCAGAACGAGAAGUUAAGACACGUGAGCAGCUCCAAGCAGAAAUACACCGAUCCCAGGCUCAGAUAGAAGACCUGGAGAAGGCUCUGGCUGAGCAGGGACAGGACAUGAAGUGGAUUGAGGAGAAGCAGGCGUUGUACAGAAGAAAUCAGGAACUGGUGGAAAAGAUAAAACAGAUGGAAGCCGAGGAGGCUCGUCUCAAACACGAUGUCCAGGACGUGAAGGACCAAAACGAGCUGCUGGAGUUCAGGAUCUUGGAGCUGGAGGAGAGGGAGAGACGGUCCCCUGCCAUCAACUUCCACCACGGCCCCUUCACAGAGGGGAAGAGCCCUCUGCAGGUGUACUGCGAGGCAGAAGGUGUAACAGACAUAGUGGUAGCAGAGCUGAUGAAAAAGCUGGACAUUUUAGGGGAUAACGCCGUAAGUAACCUGACCAACGAAGAGCAGGUGGUCAUCAUCCAGGCCAGGACUGUCCUCACGCUGGCUGAAAAGUGGCUCCAGCAGAUCGAAGUGACCGAGUCUGCGCUGCAGCAGAAGAUGCUGGAUCUGGAGAACGAGAAGGAGCUGUUCAGCAAGCAAAAGGGCUACCUGGACGAUGAGUUGGACUUCAGGAAACAGUCCCUGGACCAGGCUCACAAGCAAAUUCUGGAAUUAGAAGCCAUGCUCUAUGAUGCCCUGCAGCAAGAAGCUGGAGCCAAAAUUUCCGAACUUCUUUCAGAAGAGGAGAAGGAGAAGCUGAAGAGCGCCGUGGAGCAAUGGAAGCGGCAGGUGAUGAGUGAGCUCCGGGAGAGGGACGCCCAAAUCCUUCGGGAAAGGAUGGAGCUCAUUCAGCACGCACAGCAGAGAAUUAAAGAGCUAGAAGAAAGAAUUGAAGGCCAAAAAAGACAGAUAAAAGAGUUAGAGGAAAAGCUUUCAUUCUUUGGUCAUAGUCCUUCAGGCCACAUGCACAAGCCUCCUGAGGACGCUCCAGCUGCCCCUGCUGUUCUUCCCAGGAGCUCAGCCCUGCUUCCCGAGACCAAUACAGAGACUUUGCCCUUUCCACCCCCCCAGAUCUGUCUCGUACUUUGCUCCUGGCAAUGGGAGGUGCAGUCUGUGGGACCCUUUCCCUGGGGCUGAACCAGGCUGUGUGGGAGUCCCUGCACCACUGAGAUCCCCGAGGGAGUGUUGGGAAAGGACAGAACUAAGCCGACAAAGGAAGCCAAAAACUCUGCUCCUCCCUGUCCUACAGCCACAGGCUCCUCCCGGGGUGCUGGCCCUGCUGCUGGACAAGCCCCGGGCUCUGCGACAGGAGCACCAUAACUAAUUCAGAUACACUGAAUUUAUUUUGGUUCCCUGCUAAGCAGGUGGCAAAUUGCUUCUGUGUAGAAGUGCCCAUGUCCUGUUUGUAUGCCACACAUUAAUGUUUGUUAUCCAUGGUUCUUUAAAAAUCUGUCUUGAAAGAAGAUUUUAAGAAGAGUUCCAGAGGAGUGGCUCAUGAAAAGAUGAAUAUGAAUGAAAAUGAAGUGGUUUGUUCCAAGGUAUUUCUUGAUUACACUGGGUAUGUCCCAUGCUUUGUCAAAUAUCCCAUGAGCCCAGUUUUAGGAAAAAACAUAAAGCUACAUUCAGGAAAUCAAGCUGUAAUUUUUUUUUUUUUUGAGUUGUCAGUAAACCAUGAUGAGAAGAACGAUGCAAUAAUUUAUAAUUGGCUGUCCCUGAACAAUGACAAAAGGCUUAACACUGUCCCAGCAAAAAGUUCAACCUGGGAAA